AUGGAGAUCAGAGACCUAGGGCACGCCCUUGAGGGCAAUGGCACUGGCCACAGGAGCCAGGGUAUCUCUCUCAAGACCUUUGUGGCAUCCUUGGUGACAGCCCUUAUCGUCUUUGCUAUCGAAACACUCUUGUUCAUGCUCCUUAAGGGGAAAUUGAAACGAAUAUAUCAACCUCGAACGUACCUCGUACCAGACCGCGAGCGAACCGCACCGUCACCCCCUGGCCUGUUCCGCUGGAUUAUUGCCGUAUUCAGCACGUCGAACUCGGAAUUCAUUCAGAAAUGUGGCCUGGAUGCUUAUUUCUUCCUGCGGUAUCUCCGCAUGCUUCUGAAGAUCUUCGUGCCCCUGGGCCUGUUCAUUCUACCCAUCCUGAUUCCGCUGAAUAAGGUCGGAGGGAAAGACUACAACCUGAUGAGCAAUGCCAACAACACUAGAUGGAACGUGUCUGGGCUGGACCAACUUGCCUGGGGAAAUAUCACUCCGGAACACACAAAUCGCUACUGGGCACACCUAGUAUUAGCAGUGCUUAGCAUCAUCUAUGUCUGUGCAGUCUUUUUCGACGAACUUCGAGGUUACAUCCGCCUUCGACAGGCGUACUUGACUUCACCACAGCACAGGCUGCGAGCCUCCGCUACUACAGUCCUUGUCACGGCAAUCCCAAAGGACUGGCUGACUUUAGAGGCCUUGACAAAACUCUACGACGUGUUCCCCGGCGGAAUACGAAAUAUCUGGAUUAAUCGAGAUUUUGAUGAAUUGAACGAAAAAGUCAAGCUACGAAAUAAACUCGCCUUGUUACUAGAGGCUGCAGAGACCGAGCUUCUCAAGCUGUGUAAAAAGGCCCACAGAAAACAAGUCAAAGCCGAAGCCAAAACGGCCGGGAAGACGCCCAAAGACGUCGCUAAUACUGAAGAAAAAGAAGAGAACAAGCGAGCUACUCAGUUGGCGAUGGAAGCUGGCAUCAGCUCCGGUGACCCUCACCAAAUUGCACACAAUAUUCAAGAGGCUUUGAAGCUAAAUCAACAAUCCGAAAAGAAAAAAUCCCAUCGGAAACGGAAAAGGCAGCUACUCCCUGCCGUUGGGGGUGGAAUCACUAGUACCGUAGGUCGUGGUGCCAAUGCUAUUGGAAAGACCGUCGUCAAAGGUAUCAAAAAGGUUGAGGGGGGUGUUGAUGGACAACUCGGUCAUACUCCUGGCUUCGCCACCUUGCCAGAGAGUCAGCAUGUUGCCUCAAAUGACAGCCAUAAUGCCGAUGGUGGUGAUCUUACUCAUUCUUUUACUCAGUCCAGCCAAGGAAGCGACCCUGGCUAUGCCAAGUAUGCUUCAGAGCAACCUGUGAAAUCAGACCACCAGCCUUUUAGUGAAGACAACACUGGUAAUCAACAAACCGCAAAGCGCCCCGGCUGGGGACGGAGAUCGUCGUCUCUUUCAAAGUUGAGUUUGAGAGCGGAACGAAACCCGCAGGUUGAUCAACUUCCUUUAGCUAGGAAUGCUGCUUUAUCAGAGUCAGAAGAGCACAUAGCUUCUCGCUCUCGGAGCUCGAGUAACGGAAGUUCGACUGAUAGCGACAAUGAGUCUAAAAGCGACGUGUACCCUGUUGCUUAUAACGAAGACUACGAACAAGAAUGCGGAAAGCCAGUGUGGCAAACCUACAUUCGACAAAAGGAUCGAGAAACAAUGCGCUUGCCCUUGUUUGGUUUCACCUGGAUGCCGUCUUUGCCCUUGAUAGGUAAAAAAGUCGACACCAUCGACUACUGUCGAAAGGAGGUUGCACGACUAAACGUCGAAAUUGAAAUUGAUCAGCAACAUCCGGAAAGGUUCCCUCUAAUGAAUUCUGCUUUCAUUCAAUUCAACCACCAGGUUGCUGCUCAUAUGGCUUGCCAAGCUGUCAGCCACCACGUUCCCAAGCAAAUGGCUCCUCGAGUAGUAGAAAUUUCGCCGGAUGAUGUCAUCUGGGACAACAUGUCAAUCAGAUGGUGGGAACGAUAUCUGCGAAGUGGUGGAAUCAUUAUAGUCGUCUGCGGUAUGGUGGUUGGCUGGGCUAUACCUGUUGCUUUUACCGGAGUUCUCUCUCAACUCUCUUACCUGGAGGGAUCUUUGUCAUGGCUAGCUUGGCUAUCAAAGUUGCCUCAGUGGUUCUUUUCGGCUAUUCAAGGUGUCCUGCCUCCGCUUUUCCUCGCGAUCUUGAUGGCUAUACUUCCAUUCAUUUUGCGAUUCUUGUCGAAAACCCAGGGCUUGCAAACUGGCAUGUCCAUUGAGUUGACCGUUUCCAACUACUAUUUUGCGUUCCUCUUUGUUCAGGUGUUUCUUGUGGUUGCCAUUGCAGCCAGUUCCUCGACGAUUCUGGACACGGUUGCAGACAUCACUAGUUGGCCUUCGCUUCUUGCCACCAACAUUCCCAAAUCUAGUAACUAUUUCUUUUCUUACAUGAUCCUUCAAGCCAUGUCUGUCAGCGCUGGAGCUCUGGCUCAAAUUUGGAGCUUGGUCAAAUGGUUUAUUCUUGGACCGUUGUUCGAUGUCACCGCUCGCAACAAGUGGGCUCGUACUACGAACUUGGAAACAAGGAAAUGGGGUACAUUUUUCCCAGUGUAUACUACACUGGCAUCCAUCGGACUUAUUUAUUUGGUCAUCGCUCCCUUGAUUGUGAUAUUCAACUCCAUUACAUUUGGCUUGUUCUGGUUCGUUUACCGGUACAACACGCUCUAUGUCACAAAAUUCCGCUUUGAUACUGGCGGUCUUUUGUUUCCCAAAGCCAUCAACCAGCUAUUUACUGGACUCUAUGUGAUGGAGCUGUGUCUGGUUGGUCUAUUUUUCCUUGUGAGAGACGACAAGAACACUGUUGCUUGCCAAGGCCAGGCAAUCAUCAUGAUCAUUGUCCUGAUCAUGACUAUUGGGUAUCAGUACUUUUUGAACGAAGCGUUUUCCCCACUCAUUCGCUAUCUACCCAUUACAUUGGAGGAUGAUGCCAUCCGCAGAGACGAAGAGUUUGCACGAGCCCAACGCACGCGCCUUGGACUAGCGUGCGAGGAAGACGAAGACGAAGACGACGAACAGCAGCUAGAUGAGCGAGGUAGCGAAGAUGAAAGUGGACAGAUUGAGCUACAAAAAAUCACGGCCGAGAACGAAGGGCAGAAGAAUUCGAAAAAUUUCCUGACCAAGAAUCUAGACGCCAUUGGAAACGUCAGCAAACGCGUCGCCUCCAAACCAGUGUCUUGGGCAGAUCGAUCACAGGUCCGUCGCUCCAAAUACUUUGGAACAAACGCUGGACGCGACGUACCAGGAAUUCAAGAUCUGCGCGAAAAGCUAGCCCUUGAAGCCGAAGACGCCGAAGCGACUGCUGGCACCGGCGCACAAGCGAUCGGACGUGCCCUUUUCGCCGGCAUUUCCGAUGAACUCGAAGAUUUGACACCAGACGAACGCGACCAACUGGUGCAGCGAGCAUUCCAGCACGAGGCUUUACGGGCUAAACGUCCUGUGAUUUGGAUCCCCCGCGAUGAUCUCGGCGUCAGCGACGAUGAGAUCUACUGCACUCAGCGGUUCAGCAAGCAUAUCUGGAUUAGCAAUGAAUAUCAAGCCCUGGAUAGCAAGAAUCGAACGAUAUUCAGUCGCAGUCCGCCCGACUUUUCUGAAGUCGACCUUAUACAAUUGUAA